UCAGUGUUGACCUCUCUUAUUUAUCUACUCCCACGCGUCGCGCACCUCUGUUGCUCAUCGCUGUCAUAUUCAUCGCCGACGCUAUCUACCCUACCUCUGUCAUUCGCAAUCACUCAUAGCCCAUCAACACACCUCUUUGCCAGUUUGUUUUUCGAUUGUAGCCAUAUCAGCAAUCACUGUCUCGCGCUACCUCCCACGAUCUCUUAGCCAUCCCACUUACUUGUCUGUAAUCACCCCACGCACCGUCCUAACAAUCUGGCGUCCACGGCUUCUACUCCUCCGCCCAUCCAACGGCUCGAAGAGGACCUCAUUAAUCGUUCGUUGCUCGAUUCUGUCGAAGCCCAAGGAGACGCAGAACCCAUUCAUCCAUCUCCGCAACCUGCUAUGUCUCACUCAAAUUCUAACCCUGGUUCAGGCGCACCAUCUCCUGAAGCGCAGUUUCAUAUCCCACCUGUCAAUAGGCCUGAUUCCCCCAGCAAUAUCGAUUUCAAUGUCAACCACGAGAAUGAUCGUUUACUCCGCACUUCCCUUCUUCAGCAACAUAUUGAUGAUAAUCAUCAUCGAAAUUCGGAGUCAUUGUUCUCUCAUGGCGGAGUUCAAUCCAUGUAUAACACAUCCAAUAAUUUCCAUCUCCUCCCGGAGUACCUUUCAGACGACAUCUCCCUCAAGCAGAGUAUCGCCGGAAGUAAGCCUUCGAACGACUUUGGCGCUGGGUCGUUAAGGUCGUCUUUGAGCGCUUAUAACGGAAUCAGUGGUGGCAAUGUUUCCAGUGCUGCUACCACCGGCUCAUAUCGCUUGCGUCAACCAGAUGGUCUCCCCUCACAAUCUUAUUCAAACACAAACGAGAUAUUUGGGUCUCAUCAGCCCUUAAAUUUGCAGCACCAACUUUCUCAGCAAUCUCAGCAGAGUACUUCCAGGUCUGCCGCAUUCGAGUCACGUAACGGGUAUGACUUCGGAACCAGCUCUCCGCUAGGAGGCAGUAAGGUUCCUCAACAAUUUGCUUCCUUGGACCCGUUCCUCCAAGCGCAUUCCUCUAAGGGCCAACAACAGUCACAGGUCCACGACGCUUAUCAUUCACUAUCGCACAGUAACUCUGGUUCUCAGAUGCCUUACCUAAAUGGCGUACACCUUCAAAGUCAGACGCCUUAUGGUCCUCACCUGCAGUCUAACGGUGGCGUUGCAGCAGUGUCGGCAAGCAAUGCAAGACCCAUAGGUAGUGUUGGGCAGAUGAAUUUAAACGUCGAGUCGCAGGGCGUUAAUAGUGGACUGCCAGAAGAGAUUUCGACCAUUUUUGUGGUUGGCUUUCCUGAUGACAUGCAGGAGCGCGAGUUCCAGAAUAUGUUUACAUUUUCCUCCGGCUUUGAAGCUGCGACCCUGAAGAUCCCCAACAAGGAGUAUACGGCUUAUGGGUCGGUCGGUGGCACGACUUCGACUACUCCAUCUGGUCUCCCUCUCCGUGGAGGUGCCUAUGCCGGUUAUUUGGCCGCCGGUUCCAAUGAUCCUUACAAUGUCGUCACCGUCAAUCAAGGGGGAGUUGUGAUCGACAAUGGACGAGAUGGCCCAACGACCUCUUGGCCACCCCUCGCCAUGCCGCUAGAUGAGCCUUCGCACUUCCAAGUUGGACAAGGGCUAGGUGGCCAGCCACCCCGAAAGCAGAUCAUAGGUUUUGCCAAGUUUCGUACUCGUCAGGAGGCUCUCGAGGCAAGAGACCUGCUUCAGGGCCGCCGCGUCGACAUCGAGAAAGGUGCAAUUCUGAAGGCCGAAAUGGCGAAGAAGAACUUGCACACCAAGCGAGGCGUUGGUAUGGGUGCCACGACAUCCGGAGGUGGUGGAAGUGUUUCUCUGGGUAAUGGUAUGGGGAAUAUCGGAGGGUUGAGUGCAAGCGGAGGCAUGGGCUCGCUUAGCGGUCUUGGAAGCAACGCUGAUAUCAUUGCUAAUCUCGCCGGCCUGGGUCUCAACAACAAUCUCAAUUUGAACAAUCUGACUACGCUCACCGGCAACAACUCUGAUGUCCUCUCACCGCGCGAAAGGGAGUUAAACUCGGUGGGUCUGGGCGGGUCUGGCUGGCGUGAGGGGAGGCUCGGAGACAGUAGUGAGGAUGAGCGGGAUAACAUCAUCCGUGACAGGCGCAGGGAGGCCCUUGGCGUUGGGCUCGGUUUGAUGCGCGGUGCUCGUGAACGCGCUCAAGCUGAUGAAGAAGAGAGAGUCAGGCGCAGCAAGGACCUCAAGCAGUUCCAGACCGACCCUUCUCGUAUGUUACCUGGAAAUACUCCCGCUUUUGAGGCUUUCCAUUCGGUUUCCGCCCCCACUUUAUCCCGUCAUUCUCAGAGUGGUCUCCUCUCUCCUGCGGGUGGGUCGAUGUCCAUUUCUGGGCUAACAGAAGGUGGAAGCAGCGGUCACAGCCCACUUAUGGGAAAUGGAUAUGGUAACAUCAUCGCUCAGACUGGUCGGGACGGCUCCAGCAAUGUAACUCCUGACCACAGUGGUCUUCGCGAGUCCCGAAGUAUCGGACCUUGGGAUGCGCCUUCUCCGCGUGAGAGGGAGGCAUCCGGUAUUCCACAAACCCUUUCGUCACUGUAUGCAGCUCGGAAGUCCUCUAUGAUACCAGUUCGACCUCCAUCCCCUCAGGACGAGUCUCCUCCGCUUUCUCACGCAGCCUUCUCACCAUGCGAUGAGGACGAUAUGAUGCUUCCACCGCACCGUUCUGGCGCGUUGCGCUCGCUUUAUCCCCUAUCUUCCCAGUUGGAAGAGUCUUUGCAUCUACAGAGCCAGUCGCAGUCGGUGGCACCUGGCAGCGCUACGUCAAGUUCCGCUGGAGGGUUUGAGGGUGACAGACCAGUCCUCCUCGCAGUUAGUACCAGUGCCCAACCGAGCUCGGGCAGUGCUGGUAUCGGCUCACCUCAGCUUGCAUCGCCUUCUUCCCAGUCAGGAUCUGCAAGUUCGUCUACUGGAAUGAAUGGAGGGGGUAGUGCAACUAGUGCGGGGAACGCUGUCGGUGCAGGUCCAAGGAAUGUUGUUGUCGACCAAAACCCGCCUAUUAAUACCUUGUACGUGGGCAACCUUCCGACAGGGUCAGUUGGCAGUGGUUACCCUGCAGGGUUUCUGGAGGAUAGUCUAAGAGAACUUUUCUCUCGGCGCCCGGGGUAUAGGAAGUUAUGCUUCAGGCAAAAAAGCAACGGUCCAAUGUGCUUCGUUGAGUUCGACGAUGUGCAUUUUGCCACGAAAGCUCUCAAUGAUCUGUAUGGCAAUACUCUCGGUGGCAUCGUCAAGAAUGGUGGUAUCCGCUUAUCAUACAGCAAGAACCCAUUGGGCGUACGCACGCCAACUAGUGCUGGCACCGGCGCACCCUUGGUUCAACAACAGCAAGGCAAUGUUCACUCUGGUGUUGCAUCCCCCUUCCCCCCCGAGUCAUUUCAACUUCGUCACCCCUUUGAUGUCGAAGCGUCUAUAGGGAUGAGACGUGAUAGCUCGAACACAAUAUCUAUAUCCGGGGCGUAUGGCUACUCAAGAUCACCACCCCCUCCACGGUUUUUCUCACCGCCUCCGUCAUCCACAAACUUCGGUAUCGCGCCCGCGCCGUCCGUUAGCAAUGCGAACACCUUUCCUCGUGGCUCACAAGCCUUUGGACUUCCUUCACCUAAUGGUGUACCUUCAACUUUUUCGCCAUUCGGUCUACCACUUUCGUCGCCUCGUUCGCGCGCAAAUGGUCUUCCUCCAUCGCAUGCCUUGAUACCCGAUCAGAGCUCAGAAGGUUCCCUGGCUCACGAUCACCCGCAGCAUUUCCCGCAUCGCGCUUUGUCGCCUUCAUCGACCACACUAGAGGCCGCUAGGGCCGGUUAAAGGGACGAACUUAAAUUCCCUCGUAUUCUCACAGUCCGCAUGCAAGCAUCUACAGCACAAAUCUGCAAGUUAUAUAUAUAUCUGUACUUACCACUCCACGACAUGAUUGACAUCCCUCCAUUUCUCAUUGAUCGCAUGGUUUUCCCCAGAGCCCAUUUUUCGGACUGUCAACUUCGCCGUCGCCUCCAAUUUUUUAUUUUUUCCCCGUUUCGCAACCAUUAAUCGCAAUCCUCCAUUCUACAUACUCACAAUCGGGCUGUUUU